CAGAAACUCUCGCGGAAGUGACCGGCCUGAGACGACCUUUAGGCCCUCCAGCAUGCUCUCCGCCACAACUCGCAAGCACUUUCUUCUGACGCGUCGAGUUGUCGCCUUGCAUGUCCCCAAUCUUUCAUUUACGCAAGCAGGACGAAGGAGGGCGAAGGAGCGCGUACAAACCCGUGAACAUUGUCCCGGAAGCCGUUACUUCGCAACUACCGCGCGGCAGAGGAUUGAAGCAACUAGUCUCCCGAGCUCGCGCGGCAGAGAGGACGACAGAGAACAUGAGGAACAAGAAGAUGCCGUAAUGGCCGCAGACGAGUCAGCUUCCAUAGGAUCGCACGAGCAGAGACACGAGCACGCUGUCAUUUCCGCUUUUGAUCUAUUUAGUAUCGGAGUCGGCCCGAGCUCGUCACACACCGUCGGCCCUAUGCGCGCAGGAAAGAUAUUCAUCGGUGACUUGGAAGCACUGGGUUUACUCGACAAGGUGAGCACGGUGAAGAUCAGCCUCUAUGGUUCCCUUGCUGCCACAGGGAAAGGUCACCACACGCCCCAAGCUAUUCUGCUGGGACUGGAAGGCUCCGAUCCAGAGACUAUCGAUACCGGAACCAUCCCUUCACGGUACGAAAACAUCGUAGAUACCAAGACGCUGACCCUAGGUGGACGCCACCGUAUUGUGUACGACAUGGAUAAGGACAUGGUCUGGAGGUGGGACCAAGUUCUCAGAACGCACCCUAAUGGGAUGCGCUUCUCUGUUUUCGGUGAGAAUGGAGACCUCCUUGCAACAAAUGAAUACUUCAGUGUCGGCGGCGGCUUCGUCGUCAACGAGAAAACAAAGGUGGACGAAAAUCUCUUCUACAAGGGUGUAGACAAGAGUGCCGUACAUGGUGCGCGGCUGCACCAGCCUUCACAUCCUCCGGACCCCACUUCUGGCGGAGCGGCACAAGCUACGGACUCGAUCCAGCCUCCAUAUCCGUUCGUAUCGGGCGACAGCCUUCUGGCCCUGACGAGGAAGCAUAACAUGACAAUUGCUCAGAUCGUUUACGACAACGAGUUGCAUUUUGGCUAUUCACAUGAAGAAAUUCAUGAGAAGCUCAUGCGCAUAUGGGGUGUCAUGGAUGACUGCAUACGGACUGGCGUGUCCUCUGCCGAAGAAAAACUUCCUGGCCGUCUUGGCCUACGGCGGCGCGCGCCCUUGCUUUACCGCCGCCUCAUGCGAGGAUUCUACCCGGGUGUUGCCACGCCUACGCUUCCUGCGAUCGAUGGAGGGGCGCAGCCGGCUGGCAAUAUCGCUGCUCCAGAAGGAUUUGGUACCCCUGGAAUGGGCGCAACUUUCGAGAACGGCACAAGCGGGGAGUUCAGCCGAACGGGAAACAUGUCCGGUGUUGGACGCAGGAUAUCGGCCUCUCGUCCCACGCGCGUCGUUGGCGUUCUGGACCACCCCGUCUCGCCCGUACCUCCACGCAAGACCAUGAUACCGGCGAUGGACUUCCUUUCGUGCUAUGCCAUUGCCGUCAAUGAAGUUAACGCCAGCGGUGGCCGUAUCGUAACAUCGCCAACGAAUGGCGCUGCUGGAGUCAUUCCUGCAGUAUUAAAGUACAUUGUGGAGUUUGUUAGUGAUGACCCGGAGAAAUCGGUGGUCACGUUCCUUCUCACUGCCGCAGCUAUUGGGAUGCUGUUCAAGCGUGGGAGCACGAUCUCUGCCGCAGAAGGCGGAUGUCAAGCUGAGGUCGGCGUGGCGUGCUCUAUGGCAAGCGCAGGAUUCGCUGCUUGCAUGGGAGCAUCUCCGGAGACCAUCUUGCAGGCGGCCGAGAUUGGCAUAGAGCACAAUUUGGGCUUAACGUGUGAUCCUAUCGACGGCCUGGUCCAGGUUCCCUGUAUAGAACGGAAUAGUCUUGGAGCUGUCAAGGCGAUCACGGCCGCACAACUUGCGAUGGCCAGUCAGAACGUCUAUAGCGUCACAUUAGAUGAAGCGAUAGAAGCAAUGCGGCUGACUGCAGCUGACAUGAGCGUGAAGUACAAGGAGACCAGUCUAUCGGGUCUUGCUAGAACGGUGAAAAUCCCUCUCACAGUUCCGGCUUGCUAGAAGGAGGCGGUGUUGUGACCCGUGCAGCGUAGCGUGAUAUAUUCGUGCUUUGCUAUUUUUCAUUCGUAAUCCCCUUGGACAAUAUAGCGUACUAUGCGGACGUUUUGUUGCCGAGUC